CAUUCAAAAUAAACAGUAUAUAUUUGUAUCACGUAAAAACUUGACCGCAUUAACAAUGAACGCAGAGCAAUUGGCGAUUAAGAAACUACAAUCUUUGUACGAAAGUAAAGAAACGUUUGACGCACAUUUCGUUUUUAAGCAGAAUUGCAAAAUGGUCAAAAUAUCGGCACAUAAAAUCGUUCUGGCCAACGAAAGUUUGGUGUUCAAAGCGAUGUUUUAUGGACCAAUGAAAGAAAUAGGCAGCGUUAAAAUUGAUGACAUAUCACCGACGGCGUUCGAAUUUUUUUUGCAAGUGGUCUACUUCAAGACCGAUAUGAUCACCAUGGAUAACAUAACCGAUGUGAUGUGCAUUGCCGACAAAUAUGAUGCUUCAAAUGUGAUGAUGCUUUGCGCUCAGGUUCUUGACAAACACCACAUGAUUGGUGAUCAUUUGUGCAAGAUAUUCGAGCUUGCCAUGAGAUAUGGCCUGGAUGAUUUACAAAUAUCAGCUGAAAGGAAGAUAUUCAUCAAAUUUUUGGAUGUAUCGGAAAAUUUUGACAUCGAUUCAACGACACUGAAAUAUAUAAUGCGAUCAAAAUGUUUGACACGAAAUGAAAAGGAAAUAUUUGAUGCAUGCAUCAGAUGGGCCAAAAAAUCGUGCGAAAAAAAGUCAAUCGAUCCAAUACCGCAAAAUUUGCGAUCUGAACUUGGUGAAUGUUUCGAGCUUAUUGAUUUCGACCGCAUGACCUUAAAGGAAUUCAUCCAAUGCGGAAGCUCGUGCUCAUUUUUUACUAUCGACGAAUACAAAAGCAUUAUUGAAAAGUUGGAUAGUAAAUCGAUCGCGGUUCCAUCAAUAAAACCAUUCAAUAAAAGAAUAAAUAGAGAUAUUGAUGGUCAAUUCAGACCAUAUUGGGCUUUAGCUAGUAAACGGAUUAGAAAUAGUAACCGAGCGUCACAAUGAUUAUUGCCAAAAUCAUAAUGUAGGAUACAAUCGACUAAUCACCGAUUUAUCUGAAAAACCAAACUGAUUGAUAGAAACCUGAAUGCUAGUUUUUGAUAGUAGUUUUCUAGUUGGUAUUCCUAGUUUGGUGGAUAACGCCUUGAUAUAGAUAUAAUGAAGUUUUGUAAUCAGUUUAC